UGAGAAUCGAAAUCUUGUCACAAGAGCAGCAGAUGAGAGCAAAUAAAAAAUUUGGAUCAUUGUAUGUUUGUAUGUUUGGAUUUUGGUGUAUUCCAAUUUCCAACCACAUCUAGUGAAAAACAUUGGACUAACACCAUACCAACGAACGAGUGACAAAAACACACAUUAUUAUUACACUUUCUAAAAAAUAUAUUCCAAUUCUCUAGUCCUAGAGAGAGAAAAUCACAAGUAGAGAACUGUGCUGUCAUCCAUCCAUGGCGUCUCUAGUCAACAAUUCCUAUGGUGCCCUUAGUAGCUCCAGGCCAGAGCUUCGAGAAGUUAAGAGCCUCACCAAUUUCAGAGUUGGAUUUCCAUCAUCAUCCAUUUCUUGCAAGAAUCUCAAAAAGCCUUCAUGUUUCCCUAUUCUUUGCAAAGCCGUGUCUGCAUCGCCUCACGCUGCCAUUGAAGGCCUUAACAUCGCUGAAGAUGUUUCUCAGCUAAUUGGAAAAACUCCAAUGGUAUAUCUCAACAAUGUUGUAAAUGGAUCAGCUGCAAGCAUUGCCGCGAAGCUUGAGAGUAUGGAGCCUUGCUGCAGUGUCAAGGACAGGAUUGGUUAUAGUAUGGUUGAUGAUGCUGAGCAGAAAGGAGUUAUAACACCAGGAAAGACUACUCUAGUGGAGCCUACCAGUGGGAAUACAGGAAUAGGUCUUGCAUUCAUUGCUGCUGCUAGAGGAUACAAGCUUAUCUUGACUAUGCCAGCCUCCAUGAGUAUGGAAAGGAGGGUUAUCUUGAAAGCGUUUGGAGCUGAAUUGGUCUUGACUGAUCCAGCUAAGGGCAUGAAAGGAGCAGUUGAAAAAGCUGAAGAAAUUUUGAAGAGUACUCCUAAUUCUUACAUGCUCCAACAAUUUGACAAUCCUGCAAACCCCAAGAUACAUUAUGAGACAACAGGUCCUGAGAUCUGGGAAGACACAAAAGGCAAAGUGGACAUUUUAGUUGCUGGUAUUGGAACUGGAGGGACAAUUUCUGGUACUGGUCGGUAUCUUAAAGAACGUAACCCUGGUGUAAAGGUCAUUGGUGUUGAACCUACAGAGAGCAACAUACUUUCUGGUGGAAAGCCUGGUCCGCAUAAGAUUCAAGGGAUUGGAGCUGGUUUUGUUCCCAGUAAUUUGGAUUUGGGUGUUCUUGAUGAAGUUAUAGAGAUAUCUAGUGAUGAAUCGGUUGAAACUGCAAAGCAAUUGGCACUGAAAGAAGGCUUGUUGGUUGGCAUUUCCUCUGGAGCUGCUGCAGCAGCUGCUAUCAGGGUUGGUAAACGACCUGAAAACGCAGGGAAACUUAUAGCUGUUGUGUUUCCGAGUUUUGGCGAGCGAUAUCUGUCAUCGGUUUUGUUUGAGUCUAUUCGGGAUGAGUGCCAGAACAUGAAGCCGGAAUCAUAGAAACUCGUCACACGUUUGACUCAUUGUUUUCUCAAUUGAACUAGAACAAAUAGACCUUAACAGCCCAUUGUUGUUUCAUUUUAGGGUUGUGCAUCUUGGUUUCUUGUCAUGUUUGCAAAUUGGAUACUUGGAACUCUGAAGUCUUUUCUUUUUAUUUGAUAAAAUCCAUGAUCAAUAAACCAUCUGUUUUGAGUAGAAAAUGAUCUAUUCAUGGAAAAUUUGUUUUUAA